CACACUCACCCACUCCUACUUCAUCCUGUGCAAAAAACAAAAAAAAACCCUCCUAAAGAAGGAAGAACCCACCAGAAGUUCCCACACCAUGGCUGCAUCUUACAACUCUGUCUCUUCCAUGGUAAUUCACUUUCCUCCACUCAAAUCUCUGUCUUGUUAACCAACAAUUUUUUUUAGAUCAAAGUUUAUGUUAUUUUGAACAUUUUAUUAUGAAUUCUAUAUGUCAUUUCUUUUAUUUUGUACGUCACAAAUUAAAAUCUACUUAUGAUUUUCAAUUCCUACAAAUUGAACAUGUACUAAACAUAAGAUAUAUUAUGCUAAACUAUUAUUUAUAUUAGCAUCUUCAUAAGGAUUCAAAAGACGAAUGAACCAUCAUUGAGACUUAAUAACUCAAGUCGUUACAAAUAUUUUUUUUUUAUAGAUUUUAUAUACCAUUCCUUUUCUUUUACAUAUUUGGUGGCCAUUUGUAAACAAAUUUUCAUUCACUAAUUUGUAACAAAUACCAUCUAAUUUUUGUUAUGAGCUCAGUACAGUUUCAAACUAUGAUUGAUUCGACAAACUUUGAUUAACAUUGUUAAUUGUCUUAUCGGAAUUAUCCUUAUUGGUUGUGACCUAAUAUCCUAGAGUUAUAUAUAGAUUACAUUGCCUAAUAUCAUGGCCUUGCUAAUAGUUGAUAUACAUCCUAUGAAAACCAACCAUUAUUCGAAAAUUUUCCUAUACCAUGACUUGACUGCUCUUUUCUAGGUUCUUAUCAUAGUAAGAAAAUAGGAUUCGAGCAAUAUAAUUGUGAGUUAAGUGUUAAAACUUAUAAGCGAACUUCUGUCCAUAACGUGGUUUGAUAGAUAAUGGAAGAAGAAGGAAGAUUCGCGGCCGAAGUAGCAGAGGUGCAAGCAUGGUGGAACUCGGAGAGGUUCAAGCUAACCCACCGCCCGUACUCCGCCAAGGACGUGGUGGCGCUCCGCGGCAACCUCAACCAGAGCUACGGCUCCAACGAGAUGGCCAAGAAGCUGUGGCGCACCCUGAAAACCCACCAAGCCAAAGCCACCGCCUCCCGAACCUUCGGCGCGCUCGACCCAGUUCAAGUCACCAUGAUGGCCAAACACCUCGACACCAUCUACGUCUCCGGCUGGCAAUGCUCUUCCACCCACACCUCCACCAACGAGCCGGGCCCCGACCUCGCCGACUACCCGUACGACACCGUACCGAAUAAGGUCGAACACCUGUUCUACGCCCAGCAGUACCACGACCGGAAGCAGAGGGAGGCCAGGAUGAGCAUGAGCCGCGAGGAGCGAGCUCGAACCCCUUACAUCGACUACCUGAAACCGAUUAUAGCCGAUGGAGACACCGGGUUCGGCGGGACCACGGCCACCGUGAAGCUGUGCAAGCUGUUCGUGGAGCGCGGCGCUGCUGGGGUUCACAUCGAGGACCAGUCCUCGGUGACCAAGAAGUGCGGCCACAUGGCGGGGAAAGUGCUGGUUUCGGUGAGCGAGCACAUCAAUCGGCUGGUGGCUGCCAGGCUGCAGUUCGACGUGAUGGGCGUGGAGACGCUGCUGGUGGCGAGGACUGAUGCGGUGGCUGCGACCUUAAUUCAGACCAACAUCGACCCGAGGGACCAUCAGUUCAUUUUGGGCGUGACGAACCCGAAUCUUCAGGGGAGGAGCCUGGCGGCGGUUCUGGCUGAAGGGAUGGCAAAUGGGAAAACCGGAGCGGAGUUGCAAGCGAUUGAAGACAAUUGGGUCGAGUCGGCACAGUUGAGGACUUUCUCCGAACACGUGGUGGGCAUGAUUGAGAAAAUGAACGCGCCGGAGCCCGAGAAGCGGAGGAAGGUGAGCGAGUGGAUGAAUCUCUCCAGCUACGAGAAAUGCCUCUCCCACGACCAAGCCCGCGAGGUCGCUGCUCGACUAGGGAUCAACAACCUGUUCUGGGACUGGGAUUUGCCGCGAACCAGGGAAGGGUUCUACCGAUUCAAAGGCUCGGUGAUGGCUGCGGUGGUCCGAGGCAGAGCAUUCGCUUCCCACGCGGAUGUGAUCUGGAUGGAGACGUCGAGCCCCGAUCUGGUGGAGUGCACGGAUUUCGCUCAGGGGGUGAAGUCGACCUGCCCGGAGACGAUGCUGGCGUACAAUCUGUCGCCGUCGUUCAACUGGGAUGCUUCCGGAAUGAGCGACGAGCAGAUGAAGGACUUCAUCCCGAGGAUUGCGAGGCUGGGUUUUUGCUGGCAGUUCAUUACGCUUGCUGGGUUCCACGCGGAUGCGCUGGUGGUGGACACUUUUGCGCGGGAUUUUGCUCGCAGAGGGAUGCUGGCUUAUGUGGAGAGGAUACAGAGGGAAGAGAGGAGCAAUGGGGUGGAUACUCUGGCGCAUCAGAAGUGGUCGGGUGCUAAUUUCUACGACAGGUAUCUCAAGACUGUGCAGGGCGGGAUUUCUUCCACUGCCGCCAUGGGCAAAGGGGUGACUGAGGAGCAGUUCAAGGAGACAUGGACAAGGCCAGGAGCCAUGGAAAUGGGUGGAGCUGGAACUGAAGUGGUUGCCAAGUCGAGGAUGUAAUAAGAACCAAGAGAGUUAUGGUUGCUAUGGAAGAAGGGUUUGGUUUUGAAGAGGGCGGGGAAUCCAACCAGGAUCCUGACAUUAUGGAACUGGGAUGAAGUGAAUAAUUUGUGUGCCAAAUAAUAGGAUUAUUACUAUAUGUUUUACCCUAUUGAGGCGAAAAACGAAGCCCGAUUCUGAGGAAGAAUUCCCAAGGCCACAAUUGUUCUUUUUGGUGAUUUCACUUUGCAUUUUGUAGUCUUCAUUAAAGCCAAUUGCAAGAA